CCAAGAAUAUAGAGAAGUUGAUGCUGCUCAAAAAUGCAGAAAAAGAGGUUUGGAGACUGUUGAACAAUAUCAGAAAUGGCAACAACAGGAUGCUGAAGCAAAACAACAAAAAAGAUCUAAUGAAAAUAAAGAACAAUGCUUAUACUAA